GACAAGAGAUACGUCACUUCCGCGUUAGGCUUGAGAUUUUCGAGGGAGUUUUAGAAAACAAAUUGACAGAAGAAGGUAUUUCAAGCAAGAGAAUGCGCAGGUCUGGAGCUCCGAGUCAGCUCCGCGGCAAUGCUACAAAGAAACCCCGGUUUAUGCCUCCGGGUCCGGCGCAGAAUGAUGACUUAUCGAGGGUUGUAUUGGGACCGUCACCGCCAUCAGCACCUGCUUUAGGGAAUGUGCUGCUCAAUAAGGUCCAGGUGUGUUUGAGUAGUGCAGAUGCUCCAGCUGUGUCUAAAGCUCCAGCAGGCAGUAAGGCUUUAGCCAGAGUCUUGAGUGCUGUUCCUCAAGGGGAAAGUAAGGAAAACAGUAACAGGUGUUCAUCGGACUUUUCUGAAACAAAUCAAUCAGACAAAGACAGCUGCCCAAUACAGCCACACACUCAACCCAACUCUACGUCUACUGCACGCUACUACAGUGUAAUGUGGUGCAAGGCAUCAUCAAGAAAGCACAAGCGCUGGGAAGGUGACGCUGUGCUGGUCGCCAAGGGGCGGAGUGUUGAGCUCAAAGACAUGGAGGGGCGGGACAUUGGACGAGGAUCAGGCUAUAAAGCCUCUGAGCUGGAGAGUCUGUGUGAGGGUCAGACUCUUAUGGUGGGAGGGAAGCAAAUUGAGGUAAUGGGGGUAAUUUCCAAUGAGGACUACGCCAAGGGCCGAUGUUUUAAAGACGCUUCCGUUGAGACUCCAGCAGAGACAGUGGUGAAGGCUGCUGUAUAUCGACCGCUGGCCAAAUCCUUUACGAGGCCAGCGUUUAAGGGAGGAGCGAUACAAGAUUCCCAUCCUGAGGGAGCCCCCUGUAAACCCAGACAUGACCCCAAUGCAGCAGGAGCUCUUGUGAUGCCACGGCCAUCAACCGAUCACCAGUGGGUACAUAAUAAAUCUGGAUCUUCAUUGGUGGAUGUGGUCGUGGACCCUCACCUGACCAAUAAUCUUCGGCCACAUCAGAGAGAGGGCGUGGUCUUUCUUUAUGAAUGCUUAGUGGGAAUGAGGUUGGCUGGUCGCUGUGGGGCUAUUCUUGCAGAUGAGAUGGGGCUUGGGAAGACCCUGCAGUGUGUCUGCGUGCUGUGGACACUAUUAAGACAGGGUCCCUACGGUGGACGGCCUGUGCUUAAAAGAGCGCUUGUGGUGUGUCCUGGGAGCUUGGUCAAGAACUGGGCCGCUGAGUUUAACAAGUGGCUUGGGAGAGAGAGGAUCAGUGUUUACACGGUGGACCAGGAUCACCGUGUGGAGGAUUUCGUGUCGUCCCCUCUUUGCUCUGUCAUGGUGAUCAGUUAUGAGAUGUUGCUGCGCUCGGUGGACAGAUUGAAAGAGUUGGACUUUGGAGUGCUCGUCUGUGAUGAAGGUCAUCGACUCAAAAACAGCAACAUCAAAACAUCCGGCGCACUCACUGCUCUUUCCUGUGAACGCCGUCUUAUAUUAACAGGGACUCCAGUGCAGAAUGACCUGCAGGAGUUUUAUUCCAUCAUAGAUUUUGUAAAUCCAGGAAUUCUGGGAACAUCUGCAGGCUACAGGAAGAUUUAUGAAGAGCCAAUUUUAAGAUCUCGCCAGCCCACCUGCACGGAGGAGGAAAGGUCUAUUGGAGAGGAGCGUGCCGCUGAGCUCUUCCGUCUUACAGGCGUGUUUACCUUGCGACGGACACAGGAGAUCAUUAAUAAGUACUUGUCGGAGCGAAUCGAGUGGACUGUCUUUUGCAAACCCACUGAGCUGCAGCUGCGUCUUUAUGGAGUCCUUUUGGCCACACUUCCCAUCAAAGCCUCUCUCUCCAGCGGCGGCACACACGCACACAGCCCACACCUCGCUUGCAUCAAUGCUCUGAAGAAACUCUGCAAUCACCCCGGGCUGCUCUAUAACACUCUACAGGAAAAAAUGUCUGAGAUGUUUGAGGAUGGAGUGAUGGAGCUCUUCCCUCAGGGCUACUCCACUGGUGCCUUCAGUACCGCUGACUCUGGAAAGCUUCUGGUGCUAACAGACCUGCUGUCUGCAAUACAACAAGUCAACAACAAAGACAGGGUUGUUUUGGUCUCCAACUAUACACAAACGCUCGAUUUGCUGCAGAAUGUCAGCGAUCACAUUGGUUAUAAAUGGUGUCGGCUUGAUGGUCAGACCCCUGUUGCCCAGCGACAACGAAUUGUUGAUUCUUUCAACAGCCCGCACUCCUCCAACUUCCUGUUGCUACUCAGCUCUAAAGCUGGAGGGGUGGGGCUUAACCUCAUUGGUGCAUCCCAUCUUGUUUUAUAUGAUAUAGACUGGAACCCAGCCAAUGACAUACAGGCUAUGGCACGAGUGUGGCGCGACGGACAGAAGAAAAUAGUUCACAUCUACAGGUUACUUACAACAGGUUCCAUUGAAGAGAAGAUUUAUCAGAGGCAGGUGAGUAAACAGGGACUUUCUGGGACAGUUGUGGACUUGACCAAAAAGGGUGAGCAUAUUAGCUUUUCUGCGGAAGAGAUGCGGGAUCUUUUCACCUUUGACUCGAAUACCUCCUGCCUCACUCAUGACCUACUGGACUGCCAGUGUUCUGGAGAUGGAAACACACCAGGUGUUGUGAAGGAGGUGAGUGAGGAGACAGGAAGGGCAUGUCAGCUCGGUCGCCAUGCCAACAGUGCAGCAGCAUCUCCACAACGUGUCAGCAUGUCUGAGCUUAUGCAAUGGAGGCAUUUUGCAGGAACCAUCCAAUCAUAUGAGGACAUUUACUUAAAUCGUGCUUGUAACCACAUUACAUAUGCCUUUCAGAGUACCACUUCAAAAUCCCAACCCACUGUAUAAUUGCCCUUAUUUAUCAAAAAAAAAACUUCUCUCAGUUUUGUGUAAAUAUCUCAUGUGAAAUUUGAUCUGAUAAUAAAUCUUUACAUUUCAUCUGUU